AUGAAAUUAACUGGAAUCUCCUUAAUCAGUUCCCUUUCUUAUAUUAGGAACACCCUCCCACUUAAAAACACACUCACAGCCUUCCACACUCUUAAUACUCGCAAUAACCUCAAAAGUGUCAACAGAAUUACUAGUGUAAAGAGUGUUAAUGGAGUGAGGAACUAUAGUACUUCGGAAGGCUUAUGCAACACAGUAACCUCAUCAUUAGUUGGUAAAUUAAUGCCUUCAUUUAAGGGAACAGCAUUGCUUAGCGAUGAUUUGGUCCAAUUCAACUCCUCGGAUUAUUUUAAGGAUUCCUACGGGUUACUGGUCUUUUAUCCAUUGGACUUUACCUUUGUGUGUCCAUCUGAGCUCUUGGGCUUCUCAGAACGCCUAAAAGAUUUUGAGGAGAGAAAUGUGAAGGUCUUAGGCGUCUCAGUGGAUUCACCAUUCAGCCACAAGGCCUGGAAGGAGUUGGACGUCCGUCAGGGCGGAGUGUCACCACUCAAGUUUCCACUCUUCUCAGACAUGACCCGUGAGGUUUCAAGAUCUUUUGGCCUACUUCGUGACGAGGGGUUCUCUCACAGAGCAUCAGUUCUGGUUGACAAAGCGGGGGUUGUAAAGCACGUAGCCUUGUACGACUUGGGACUCGGCAGGUCAGUGGACGAAACCCUCAGGUUAUUUGACGCGGUCCAGUUCGCGGAAAAGACAGGAAAUGUCUGCCCAGUUAACUGGAAACAAGGCGAUCAAGCAAUGAAACCCGACUCACAAUCCGUUAAACAAUAUCUCUCAAACCGUUUUAAUUAA